GGGACCACUGCACUGAAUUCUGUUACUAUAGCAACUACUGUAGUAACCAUGGAAACUCUAUGGAGGACUGGUCUGGUCUGCACUGUCAUUGUCAUCAUGGUUGCCACAGAGGUCGAAGGAGGUCAGCAAGAUGAGUUUGCCCAGUCACAAGCUGCCUUCCUGUCCAGUCUAGGCCAGUAUGAGAUUGCCAUCCCAGUACGUGUAGGACCUAAUGGAGAGACGCUGGAUGUAGAAACGUCGCAACACCACAGAAGAAGAAGACGCAGCACUGAAGACAGACUGCCUGACUCUCUCUUCUACCAGCUGUCCACGUCACACAACAACUUCCUGCUGAACCUAACGCUGCAGGGAGGCCUGCUGUCCCGGCAGUUCAGGGUGGAGUACUGGAAGAAAGGUCGAUUAGCAUGGAGUCAUCCCUAUUCUCCUCACUGCCACUAUGUAGGACACCUCCAGGACCAGCCACACUCUAGCAAAGUGGCCCUGAGCAACUGUAACGGCCUGCAGGGGGUGAUUGUUGCAGGGGGUGAGGAGUACCUGAUUGAACCCCUUGUCUCACCAGAUAACCAGACCAGGACAGAGAGGGGGGAGAGAGCAGAGGGGCGCCCCCAUGUGGUUUACAAGCGGUCAUCGCUCCGCCAUCAGUACAAGGGCCAAUCCUGUGGAGUCAUUGAUGAGAAGCCAAUGAAAGGCGCGUCAUGGUGGCAGCGAACUCUGAAGACGCCUCCCCAUCACGUCGGUCGUGGCCAGCUGCCUCUCAAGCGCUCAGUUAGCCGGGAGCGCUAUGUGGAGACGCUGGUGGUCGCUGACAAGAUGAUGGUGGGUUACCAUGGUCGCAGAGACAUCGAGCAGUACAUCCUGGCUGUCAUGAAUAUUGUUGCCAAACUGUUCCAGGAUUCUAGCCUGGGGAAUGCAGUCAACAUUGUGGUGACGCGGCUCAUCCUGCUAAUGGAAGACCAGCCAACACUAGAGAUCAAUCACCAUGCAGGAAAGUCUUUAGACAGCUUCUGCAAGUGGCAAAAAACCAUCCAGCACCGAAGCAGCUACGGAAACGCCAUACCAGACAACGGGAUCGCUCAUCAUGACACUGCUGUGCUCAUCACCAGAUACGACAUCUGCAUCCAAAAGAACAAGCCUUGUGAAACCCUAGGUCUGGCUCCUGUAGGAGGGAUGUGUGAGCCAGAGAGAAGCUGCAGCAUCAAUGAGGACAUCGGCCUAGGAACAGCCUUCACGAUCGCCCACGAGAUAGGACACACGUUUGGGAUGAACCAUGACGGUAUGGGGAACGCCUGCGGGCCCCGCAGCCAGGAGACCGCCAAGCUGAUGGCUGACCACAUCACCAUGAAGACAAACCCGUUCAUCUGGUCCGCCUGUAGCCGGGAUUACAUCACCAGCUUCCUGGACUCAGGUAUGGGCUCCUGUCUGAACAACAUCCCCCCCAAGCAGGAGUUUGUGUACCCCACCACAGCGCCGGGUCAGGCCUACGACGCAGACGAACAGUGCCGCUUCCAGUACGGCGUCAGAUCUCGACAAUGUAAAUAUGCGGAAGUCUGCAGUGAACUUUGGUGCAUGAGCAAGAGCAACCGUUGCAUCACCAGCAGCAUUCCUGCUGCUGAGGGAACCAUCUGUCAGACCAACACCAUAGAGAAAGGGUGGUGCUACAAGAGGGUGUGUGUGGUGUACGGGACUCGUCCGGAGGGUGUGGAUGGGGGCUGGGGUCUGUGGUCACCCUGGGAGGAGUGCAGCAGGACCUGUGGAGGAGGAGUUUCCUCGUCUAUCAGACACUGUGACAGCCCCAGGCCAACUAUUGGUGGAAAGUAUUGUCUGGGGGAGAGGAAGCGCUUCAGGUCCUGCAAUAUUGAUGAGUGCCCUGCAGGCUCUCGGGAUUUCCGGGAGAUUCAGUGCUCUGAUUUCGACAGCGUUCCUUUCCGGGGAAAGUUCUACACCUGGAAGCCAUACAGAGGAGGUGGUGUGAAGCCCUGCUCUCUCAACUGCCUGGCAGAAGGAUACAACUUCUACACAGAGCGUGCUCCAGCUGUGGUGGAUGGCACACCUUGCCGAGACGACUCUCUGGAUGUUUGUGUAAACGGGGAGUGUAAGCACGUUGGCUGUGAUCGUGUCCUCGGUUCAGACGUUCGUGAGGACCGCUGCCGAGUCUGCGGGGGUGACGGGAGCCGCUGUGUGUCUGUAGAGGGACUCUUCAAUGACUCGCUGCCUGAAGGAGGUUAUGAAGAAGUGGUCAGAAUUCCCAAAGGAUCGGUGUUCAUCCACUUACAAGAACUCAACAUCUCCCUCAACUACCUUGUGCUAAAGAGUAAAGGGGACCAGUACUUCAUCAAUGGGAAGCUGACCAUUGACACUCCACGCAGGUUCGACGUUGCUGGUACCAUCUUCCACUACAGGCGUCCCACUGAUGGACCAGAAACUCUUGAAGCUUUGGGGCCAACAAACAUGACCCUGAUUGUCAUGGUGCUGGUGAGGGAGGAGAACCCAGGGAUCCACUAUCGCUUCAACCCCCCACUGAACAGAGAACCUCUGACUGGCUUUGCCUGGCACUACACCUCCUGGUCACGCUGCUCUGCUCUCUGCGCUGGAGGUGUGCAGACCCAGCAGGUGGUUUGCAGGAAGCAGGCAGAUCAUUCAGUCGUCUACAACCACUUCUGUGACAAGAAGAACAAACCCAAAGAGAAGAGAAGAUACUGCAACACUGAGCCCUGCUCCCCAUCCUGGUGGACAGGAGAGUGGUCCGAGUGCAGCCGCAGCUGUAACGGCGGCCUUCGAACACGGGAGGUGUUAUGUAAAAGGAGGAUCUCUGUGACAGAGGAGAAGAUCCUGGACGACUCAGCCUGCACAUCCCCACGUCCGUCUGUCACUGAGCCCUGCAGCAACCACAGCUGCCCCCCCGAGUGGUUGGCCCUGGACUGGUCAGAGUGUACGCCCAGCUGUGGUCCUGGCUACAGGCACCGUGUGGUCUUGUGUAAGAGCGGGGAGAGUGGUGACAACCUGCCAGAAUCCAAGUGCCCCAAACAUGGCCGACCCACCUCCAGGGUGCGCUGUAACCUGCAGCGCUGCCCUCCCCCUCAGUGGGUGACGGGUCCCUGGGGAGAGUGUUCUGCCAGGUGCGGUCUGGGUCAGGAGAUGCGUUCGGUGCAGUGUCUGACCCACACCGGCCAGCCGUCCAAUGAGUGUCUGGAACAUCAGCGGCCAGCAGCCAUGCAACAAUGCAAGAGCAAAUGUGACCUCAGUCUGCCCAUCAGUACAGACAACCCCGAAGGCCAAAUGACGGGAGGAUUAAUGUCAUUCCAUACAAGUCGUAUAAGUCUGAACAAUAAAGAGUGUAAAGAUGUGAACACUGUGGCCUACUGCCCCCUGGUGCUCAGGUUCAAGUUCUGCAGCCGGCCAUAUUUCAGACAAAUGUGCUGCAAGACCUGCCAGGGACACUGACGCUCACAGCAUCCCAUCUCUGGGUCCUGUACACACUCGCAGUAAGCGUGAAGCCCUCCCACUGAGCCUCGUAACAGCACACUCCCUCUAUCAGAGGAUCUAACUGGGACGUUGUCGGACUGACACCUCGUCCCGUAACUGUUAAAGGGGGACCUUUGUUUUCCAGCCUGAAUCCAGCACAGACCAGGCGCCUCUGCGGGCCGAGCUGAGUUUUACAUUCCACUGGAGGGAGGGCUGCUGAAACCUGGAGAGACUGAGAGAAGGAGAGAGUGACUUCCCUCCGUCGUCUGUCUUUCUAAUGAUCCCUCUGUUGUAAUAUUUUGGUGCUACUAUAUUUCUUUUUGGCCGCAGGGCUGGUCGCAGUACUCUCUUAAACCUGUAUGUUAACAGGUGAUAUUUGUUUAGUUAAAAGAAAUCCACUUUGUAAAGAAAAUGAUUUUCCAGAUAUCUUCGCCCAUGAAAAGGAAUAUCAUAUGCUAUAAAAUGAAAGAUUUGUUUCUAUGUUAUCUAAUAGUUGUUACUUGACCACAUUGUUGUACGCCAUUGCUUUGUUCCAUAUCAGCAUAUCCAUCAAGUCCUCGCUGUUAUUCAGCUGAAGUAUGAGCAGAGUUUGAUUUGCACAAAGUGUCAGCAGUCAGAGGACUUGUUUAUGUUAUGUUUUCAUGUGAUUUGACUUGAUGUCUCUGUGGAAGCUAUAAAUGUCUCACUGCAGUGAACCUGCCGUAGUCUUGCCAUUUUGGUCCGUUUGCUUAAAUGUUAUCACCUCUACCGUAAAACAGAUUUUCGUGCUGCACAGAGACACUGCCUAAACGAUGUGAGAGCAAAACCAGUGCUGACUCGCCUGGACGUUUUCAGAUUAAAGGAUGUUAUUUUGUGGCUGCGGACUGUGGCAGCUUGUGCAUAAAAUCUUCAAAAAGGAACUUUUAACAGCUCGCCUCGGUGUCAUUAUCUGACAAUCCCUCAGCGCGGGGCCUUGCUGUUAAUUUUUUUUUAGGUUUAUUUUUGCCAGAUGUUACCACUCAUUCCACAGUGCUAGUAACUUUUACUGUGAGUGGAAAUUCAGAGCACAGUGACACACAGUUGAGUCAGCUCUGCCAGCAGGAACAGGCCCAGUGAGGAGGAGUAGAGACCUUUGACCGCGCUGCUUUCAAACUGCUUUUUAUAGUAGGAGUGCUAAUCUGAGGAUGGAUUCACACACCCAUAAAAUGUCAGAUAUCUUCGAUGCUGCUGUGAAAAGAUUUAGGCAACUUCUUUUUUUCUGAAUUAGAGCUCAUUUAAACUAAUUUUUAAUGUGAUAUUAGCUCACUUUUUUUGGCCACAUGGGGGCAGCAGAAACAAGUUUUAAACACAACACUGAAGUGUUGCGAUAUACAGGUAUUCACGAUAAGCCUAAUUACAUAUAUAUAUAUAUAUAUAUAU